AUGAGACACAACAUUUUAACUGCUCAAUGGAUGUCAUUCUUUCUAAUUAUCAUCUCGCUUACCGAGUUCUACAAAUGCCAGGAUCGUUGUAAACAACUUGAAUGGAAGACCAAUGAAAAACUGAUUUUUGAAAAUAUUUCAUAUCACUAUUCUCAACAUUAUAUGUAUUUGCAGCGCAUCAGUUUUAAUCAAUCUCAGCCGGCUGUGAAUCCAAAUUCAAAUAAAUCCAAUAAAUCUUCGAAAAGCAUUCCGAAACUGUCGUUAAAAUAUUACAGCAGUCAAGUCACACGUUUAGAUGUUUAUCCUGAUGGUGGCAUAGAUAUAUUCGGAGGAAACCACCUCGGAUUUAUUCAAGCUUGUUCCGCAAAAAAAAUAUACUCUGAAUUUGCGAUUUUGAAUGAGGAGGAAUUAUUUGCUGUCAGAUGGUUUAUUAAUAAAGAAGUUUAUGGUAAAC